AAGUAUCAAUGUGCAGAAUGUGGAAAACAUUUUGCCACAAGUUCCAACUUGUCACGACACAAACAAACCCAUAAAGCUCUAACACCUGAAAAUGCUAAAUCUUGUCAUAUUUGUAACAAGAAAUAUGUCAGCACUCCUGCUCUUUCAAUGCAUAUUCUAACCCACAAUCUCUCACAUAAAUGUGAUAUUUGUGGAAAAGGAUUCUCCAGACCCUGGCUUCUACAAGGACACAUGAGAAGUCACACCGGAGACAAACCUUUUGGAUGUGCUCAAUGCGGGAAAAAGUUUGCAGACAGAUCCAACUUGAGAGCACACAUGCAAACCCAUUUGAAAACAUAUCUCUGCCAUCGCUGUCCCCAAAAAUUCAGUUCUCAAUCCAAACUAAUCAAACAUUCAACUGCAUUCCAUUGCUCACAGAUAUAUCCCAGGGGGUUCCGUCCUGCCAUACUUUACACAACCCUUCGGUAUCCGUUCCAACUCUGUUCCAACCCCGUACCAACUCCGUUCCAACUCCGUUCCAACUCCGUUCCAACUCCGUUCCAACUCCGUUCCAACUCCGUUCCAACUUCGUUCCAACUCUGUUCCAACUCCGUUCCAAUUCCGUUCCAACUCCGUUCCAAAUCCGUUCCAACUCCGUUCCAACUUUAUUCCAACUCCAGUUUAACUCCAGAAAUCGAUUUUACAAAUUUGUGUGAGAAAACUGCAGCAGGCGGAGUAAUCAACACCAAGCUUCAACCAAUAUACGAUAGGGUUCGGAGCAGGAGGAGGGUUCGGAGCAGAGGAGGGUUCGGAGCAGAGGAGGGUUCGGAGCAGAGAAGGGUUCAGAGCAGUGGAGGGUUCGGGGCAAAGAAGGGUUCGCAGCAGAGGAGGGUUCAGAAUAGAGGAGGGGCUUACACCAUCAGGAGGGUUCCAAGCAACAUGGAAAUAUCAGAACAAAUUUUACAUCUCAUGGAACAGUUCCAGAAAGGAUAUCAGACCCUUUGGAAUAUUCAAGAUCUACUCGCAGCUCAAGCAAUCCUGGAUCUGGGGUCCGUCAAGGAGAGGUUUGAGGGCUUCAGAUCAGGUUCAGUUUCUCCCUGUAGUUCGGAGUCAGCAUCCGACUCAUCCUGGUCUUUUUCUUCUUCAAGAUGCUCAACACCUUCAUCUACCCGGUCCCCCUCCUUUUCCUCCUUCUCCUCAGCAUACUGGGAAACAAAGCUAACCUGUACUCAAUGCAACAAAGUAUUUAAAUCAAGUUCCAACUUGUCACGACACAAACAAACCCAUAAAGCUCUAACACCUGAAAAUGCUAAAUCUUGUCAUAUUUGUAACAAGAAAUAUGUCAGCACUCCUGCUCUUUCAAUGCAUAUUCUAACCCACAAUCUCUCACAUAAAUGUGAUAUUUGUGGAAAAGGAUUCUCCAGACCCUGGCUUCUACAAGGACACAUGAGAAGUCACACCGGAGAUAAACCUUUUGGAUGUGCUCAAUGCGGGAAACGGUUUGCAGACAGAUCCAACUUGAGAGCACACAUGAAGACCCACAUGAAGAAAAUGUUUCCAUGUAACUACUGCAUCAAAUCCUUUUCUGACGAAUCUUGUUUAACUAAACACGAGUAUUCAGUUCACCGCUUGUAAAUAUCCUAAUAUUUCAUCAUAAUUAUUAUUCUUUUCAUUGUUUAUGUGUACUGCAAAUGUAAGAAAUUAAUAGUUUCCCAAUUAAUUCUCCAACUGAGUGUCCUUCUUAGUCCAUCUUUAUGUUUCACGAUCUCUAUUUUUCUAGUCAAAAUGUUA